AAUUUUGCUCCACUGCUUUUUUGCACAAGUUUUCAGCUUCUGUGCUUUUGUUAGCUUUGUUUUGGAAGAGACAUGCCGAGUGCAAGCCAUGAUCAAUCUGACAAUUCAGAACCGUUCGUCGAAGUGGACCCCACCGGCCGGUAUGGCCGGUACGACGAGCUCCUAGGGUCCGGCGCGGUGAAAAAGGUUUACCGAGCUUUCGAUCAAGAAGAAGGAAUCGAAGUCGCGUGGAACCAAGUCAAGCUGCGCAACUUCACCAACGACCCGGCGAUGAUCGACCGCCUCUUCUCGGAGGUUCGGCUUCUGAGGUCGUUGAAGAACAAGAACAUCAUUGCUCUUUACAGUGUUUGGAGGGACCGAGAGAGAGGCACGCUUAAUUUCAUCACGGAGGUCUGCACGAGUGGGAAUCUGAGGGAGUACAGGUUGAAACACAGGCACGUUUCGAUGAAGGCCUUGAAGAAGUGGUCCAAGCAAAUUCUUAGAGGAUUGGAGUAUUUGCAUAACCACGAGCCUUGUGUCAUUCACAGAGAUCUAAAUUGCAGCAAUGUGUUUGUCAAUGGAAAUAUUGGCCAGGUCAAGAUUGGUGACUUGGGAUUGGCUGCCAUAGUGGGGAAGAGCCACUCAGCACAUUCUGUGCUAGGGACACCAGAAUUCAUGGCUCCUGAGCUAUAUGAGGAAGAUUACACAGAAAUGGUGGACAUUUACUCAUUUGGGAUGUGUGUCCUAGAAAUGGUGACCUUGGAGAUCCCUUACAGUGAAUGUGACAAUGUUGCCAAGAUAUACAAAAAGGUGACCUCUGGGGUUAGGCCACAUGCCCUUAGCAAGGUCCGGGACCCGGAGGUUAGGGCCUUCGUCGAGAAGUGUCUCGCGCAGCCCAGGGCGAGGCCCUCCGCCACCGAGCUCCUCAAGGACCCCUUCUUUAAUGAAGUUGAUGAUGACGAUGAUGAAAAUGAAGAGUACUUGCCAAAUUGUUCAUGACUAAUAAGUUUGUGUUGUUUUUGAACAAUAUGGGGCGCAAGUAUUAAUAUUUUAUUUUAUAAGAUAAUAUUAAUAUUUGAUUUUUCUUUUGGUUGUUUGUGAUGAUUUGGAGGGUCAUUUGGGUUAUGACCUUGAAUAUUUCUUCUUCCUUGAAUUUUAGUUGGGGAGAGUAAGAAUUAAAUUUGUAUUUGAAUACUUUUUGGGAGGGAAGACUUGGGGUGUGUUUGAAUUGGGGAAGGUUGGUGUUGUGUUUUUGUUUUUUAUUUUUUUUUUUUGUACAUAGACCUU